AUGCUGUUUACUUCAAUGUCAAACGCUUCUACUUCUGCUGCUACUACUGGGCUCUUUUGGUCAUCAACGACGACCACCACCACUGUCACCACCACCACCACUACUACCACAACCACCAGUAGCUUUACCUUGAACCUAAGGUCACUGACAUCAUCUGGGAUUAAUAACAUUGUUCCAGUUGGUAUUAAUUCCCUACCAUUUACGUCGACUGUUAAUGCAAUUGUAACUCCCAUGAUGACAUAUGGUCAGCUGGAGGGUCUGAUAAACAAAUGGGGCCUUGAUUUAGAGGCUCAAGAGAAGUACUUUCUUCACCAGGCCACUCCGGUCAAUGCUUGGGACCGUACACUGACUGAGAAUGGUGAGAAGAUUACUACUUUACAUGGAGAAGUGGAAAAAGUGAAACUGGAUCAGCAGAGGCUGGAACAAGAAUUGGAUUUUAUCCUGUCACAGCAGAAGGAACUGGAAGAUCUCUUGACCCCUUUAGAGGAGUUUGUGAAGGACCAGAGUGGGUCUGCUUAUCUGCAGCAUGCAGAUGAGGAGCAUGGAAAGACUUACAAAUUAGCAGAAAAUAUAGAUGCUCAGCUGAAACGAAUGGCCCAAGAUCUCAAGGACAUUAUCGAGCACCUGAAUACAUUUGGAAGUCCUGCUGACACUAUUGACCCGGUUCAGCAGAUCUGCAAGAUCCGGAAUGCUCAUAUAGACUCUGUACAGUGGAUUCAUUGGAAUUCAGGCAUGCUACAAAGGAAAGUAGAAGAGGUAACACGGAUUUUUGAGGAUCAUCAUCGUGCAGAGCAAGAACACAAUAUCAGAAUUGCUUUUGAUUGAAUGACCGUAUCUUCAGCAUGUUGUUUUGGGAUUACACAUUAUCUACAAAUUGUGAUGAUGUGAAAUA